AACUGAGGAAAGAAGGAAACUAGAAGUGCUCUCCCCCCGUUCUGACGAGUUGAGGUUAGUUUAGAGGAGCAGCUCGUUGCCCUCAGAACAGAGCCCACCGUUCCGGUACCGACCUCAAAAGCUCAGACUGAAAAACGACCGUGGCAGAAGAAUAACGAGAGCAGGAAAACCCACUUUGAAACUACACAGACACACGAGAGAGAGAGAGAGAGAGAGAGAGAGAGAGAGAGAGAGAGAGAGAGAGAGAGAGAGAGAGAGAGAGAGCAGCCGAGGGAGUAACUGAGUCAAACGGGAAGUAUUUCAGAGAAGCACUGAGGCAGCCACCUGUGAGCUCCACACACACACACACACCACACACACACACACACACACACACAGAGAGAGAGAGACAGCAGUUAACUGUGAGAGAGGUGGAGGAACAGGUUAGGUGCUGGAUCUUUGUCGAUACCGGAUGGCGUCUGGUCCUGGCAGCACAGGGGAGGAACAGCCGCCAGCGCUGCCUGUCAAACAGCGCAGACUCAACAGUGUGGACUUUGACUGCAUGAUGCUCAGCCCUGUCGGACUCCAGCUUGACAACUACGCAUGCGACGACGUCUUCCCCGAAGCCACAGAUUGUCAUGCAGCCCAGUGCCCCAUCCACCAGCGCUACGAUCCCGGCACCCGGCACCAGAUGAGAUUUUUCUCCGACGGCACCCCGCCGCCCAUCCCAAAGAAGAGGUUAGCUCGGGCCCUCUCCCUCCAGGGCAUCAAUGCGCCUCAACUCUCCCCACUGUCUCCAGUGCAAAGACACCCUCAAAACUUUGACAACCCGCUGUACAUGCUGGCACCCGUUCCCGAAACCUAUUUCCACCAGGAGCCGGGAGAGUUUCAACCAGUCGGCGGGGGCCCCGUCCCCUUACUGUCCUUUGACACCCCGGACGAACACCUGUCCCACCUCUUCGGCGGAUUUGACGACCAGAGGGUGGUCUCUCGGGGGAUUCGGCAUCGACAUCUGCUCUUUCUGAGAAGCACGGCACAGAGCGUGGAGGCUGGGAUCCUGCUGCAGAAGGGAGAGGCCACGGAGAGGGACGCCGCCUCACACCGGCCUCAGGAUUUCCUGCUGAGCGAGGGCAGCGAGCCAAAGCAGAUCGGAGACGCGGUUUACUACAGCCUGCACAGCCCCAAGCUCCCAGGGAGGAUGCUGGGUUUAAGGGUGCACAAACAGCCCGAUGGAGCUUCCUCAGCUCGGAGCGAACACCAGCCUCCUCCCGCGCACGUCAACGUGCGAGAAGCCAUCGCUCACUUCCAGGGAAGCGGCACCCUGGGGUGCGACUCCAUGCUUUUGCAAACUCAAGGCCCGUCUCGUCGUUUGAAGUCGGACUGCGCCGCCACCGCCGCGAAACCACGCGGCGGAGGCCGAAACGAGUGUGCCGGCAUCAAUCUGACCUCGGUUCAGUCCUUCCUCCAGAAGGGGCUCUCGGUGAGCGUGGAGCGAGACCGGCCUCGCGCCACUCUCGAGGACUUCGUUCAGGACAGCGGCUCGUCGCGUAGCGCAGACCGUCUCGAUUAUGACAGACGGGUGUGCGCUCUGCUGCUGCAGAUACUCACGGGCUCACAACAUCUGUACGACGUCAGCGCCACUGCAGCCGAGCUCAGACCUCGGGGGAUCUUCUUAGUGUGGCCAGAGGGAGAAAACCAGCUCGAAGCGAAGAGAGGGCACAGGACCAGCAGGCGGAAAGAGGACAUGGAGUGGGGAAGGAAAAAGGGAAAGAUCCAGAUGUCAUGGAGGACACACGGUUCCCCCCGCGUGGUGUUGACCCCGCUACCGUCUGUACCUCACCCUCUCACCUACAUCCAAUCCCAAGUAGGAGCCUUGAUUCAAUACUGCCUCCACUCACAAGAGAGCCCGACCCCUCUGGACUCAGGGCCCAACCUGUUCAUGUCCUCACACCGGAUGGGGCUUCUCUACCUGGCCUCUCGGCUGCAGAGCGAGACCAGCGGGCCACAGAUGGCCGACAUGGUGGCGGUGCUUCAGGUGCUCCUGUGGGGUCCACGGGUCCCACUCUUUAAUCACAGAGGCUCGAUGACCACCGCCGUCCACAACUGGCUGACGGUCAAGCGAGCCCUGCUGGUGAUGAAGUUGGCGGAGAGGGGGCUGAUCCAGGAUCAGUCCGCUCUGGAUUGGGAGGACUGCAUGUGCCUGCAGUACCUGUCGUUCACGGACCCUGAGGCCGUUGUGAGCACGACUAGUCAGCUGUGGCUCACUCUGAAUACGGAGAGGCCAUGUUGA